GCCUAAAAUAAAUUUAAAAACAAAAAUAAAUUAAAUUCAAAAUAAAUAUUUUAUAUUCAUAAACUGUGAACAACUUUUCACACGCGCCGUCGGCUGUGCCGCUUGUUGCAGUUGCACCUAUGCAGAAUGACAGCAGCAGCAACAACAACAACAACAACAACAACUUUAGCUAGAUCAACUCUAUAUAGCUAUAGCCAAUGCCAAUGCAGGUUAUCAACAUCCGUAAAGCGCUGCAAUCGCCAACGGUGCUCAAAUGUUGAUUUCUUCCUGCCGGCCAACGGAUAUCCGUGCGGAUUUUAUAGCUGCAACGACUGCAACUGCGGCAACUGCAACCUGACAGCGUUGUACAAUUAAGCUCGAAGAGGCUAGCUAAAUUGAUGCUGCAACAACAACAACAACAACAACAACAACAACAGCAACAGCUACACACAACUUCAAGCAUGUUUGUAAAUUCAGCCUUUGACAAUUUCUUAGCACGAGGCCAGCAAAAAUAAUCAAAAUAACGAGAAAAUAAAGAGAAAGAACAAAAAGAACAUCAGCUGAUCAGUUAACAGUUAUGAGAGAGAAAGACCACUCACCAAGAAAGAUGCUUCCUAGCCCAAAACAGGGCUGUGUUUACCCUGCCUUAGGAUUAAUACCCACAUCGUAUAUAUCACAUGUACCUUAUGAUCUGUCCGCCUCGACGACGGCGGCCACAGCCACCAGCAGCAUGACGACAACCGCAGCGCGACACCAGCAGCAACAGCAGCAACAACAAUUGCUGCAACAACAACAACUGCAACAACAACAAUCGCAGCCUGCCAACAAGUCGAAGCGACGCAGCAGCUAUGAUCAGCCGCUGGACCUGCGGCUGGCUCACAAGCGCCGGCAGGCCGGCAAGCUGGAUGAGCUGGAGGAGACGUCCACAACGCCGCUGGAGGAUGAGAACAGCAACUUGAUACUGUUCGCCAAUGAGCUGGCCGCGCAGCGCAAGGAGAAGGAGCUGAACAAUAAUCAUAUAGCCGCCUCGCUGGCGGAUCUCGGCUUCGAUAUGAGCCGCAAGAUGUUGCGCGCCCUGCGCGAGGGCGUGGCCAGCGCGCCAGCGGCGCCGGCGCCCAAUGCCAUGGUGGCCGCCGGCGUGCACUCGACGCUGCUGGAGGCGAUGACCAAGACGCUGCCGCUGCAAUAUCGCAAUGUGUUUGCGCCACCGUCGGAAACGUCGACGCCGCCGGAGUUUGCCUUUCGGCAUCCGCUAAAACAGAGCGAGCUGAGCUGGACGAGCGGCAACGAGCAGCAGCGGGAGCGGGAGCAGCAGCAGCUAAAACUGGAGCUGGCUGGUAGCACACCGAAGCCCACGCCCACGCCGACGCCGCAUCCACAGCUGCAGGAGUUCCAGUCGCGGCAGCACUCGCGCAAGGCCAAGCAGCGACUGGCCCAGAGCCAAGCCCAAUCCCAGAACCAAUCCCAAGCGCAGUCGCAGUCGCUGCCCGUGCAGCAGCAGCAGCAGCAGCGGAACAAGGAUCGCUACACGUGCAAGUUUUGCGGCAAGGUGUUUCCGCGUUCCGCCAAUCUCACGCGGCAUCUGCGCACGCACACCGGCGAGCAACCGUACAAGUGCAAAUACUGUGAACGUUCCUUCAGCAUCUCCUCGAAUCUGCAGCGGCACGUCCGGAACAUACACAACAAGGAGCGGCCGUUCAAGUGCGAGAUCUGCGAGCGCUGCUUUGGCCAGCAGACGAACCUGGACAGGCAUCUCAAGAAGCACGAAUCGGAUGCGGUGUCGCUGAGCGCGCUGAGCGGGGUCAGCGAGCGGAUGCACUGCAUACGGCGCUUCUGCGAGAAUCCCAGCGAGGAGUCCUACUUCGAGGAGAUACGCACUUUCAUGGGCAAGGUCACGCAGCAGCAGCAGCAGCAGCAGCAACAGCAGCAGCAGCUGCAGCAGCCACAGUCACUGCCAUUGGCAACAUCGCGCAGCUCCGCCUCGUCCAGCUGCUCCGCCUCGCACACGCCCACAUCCUCGCAUACGCCCACGCAAUCGGAGUCGGCGGAAACGCUUACGCAGGAGCUGCGCCGGUUGCAGGCGGAGCGCGCCAAAACGGGCGAAGACAGCGGCGACGAGGCGCUCUCCAAGCAGCCCGAGCAGCCGGAACAGCAGCAGGAGCAGCGGCUGGAGACGGCGGCGGAGGCGGAGCAGUCCAAGUGUAUAAUGCAGCUCAAGAAAACGCUCGCCUCCAAACUAUUUCCCACAACAACAGCAACAGAAGCAACAGGAGCAGCAGAAACGCCCUCGGUCAAGCAGGAGCCCUGAAGCCUGGCCUGACAUUCCGAUCCCAAUCCUGAAACCAGAUGAAACAGAAUAUGAAAAACAAUUUCCUAUAUGGUAGAAUCGAGCAAACAAACUAUUUGCAAAUCGUAUAUACUAUAUACAUUUAUAAUUCAUGUUUAGUUGUAAAUAUAUAUAUACAUAUCUAUAUGCAUAUAUUUUAUAUUUUGUAUUUUCUAAUUUUAAUGUGUAUAUCGAAUUGUACAAAAACAGAAAAACAGAAAAAAUAGCUGAAGAUUGGCAAAUGUACUAUAUCAAUUUAUGUGCGUAGUUAUUUAAGCAUUGGUAAUUUUUUUGUAUAUAUACAAAGCGACACGUGACACACGAGGCAAAACAAGCGACCAUUGUUUAAUAAAAAGUUACAAGUUUUUUGAAAUUUACUAAAAAAAA